AUGACAGCUGCCGUUCAGGCAAUGACUAAGUCAUCUUUGGCUCCUUUACGUUCCAUACAGCACAAAGACAAUCUCGGCAACCCAAUUGCCGAGCCGGAUCGGUCCAACCCAACACGUAGCAGGUGGGAACGUCCCCUGGACACCAUUCGCAGCUUCGAGGCUGCGAUUGAUGGAGGUUACCGUGAUAGGGACCGCCACACCGAGUCAAUCGCGACAUGGAACCGACGGAGCAGCUACUAUGCCACCAGCGGACCUCGCAACCCCCAUGAAAGCUAUUACAGCGGUCGCCCGACUUCGUACCGGCCCGAGAGCAGUCAGUUCGGUAUGGGCCCCAGCCGGCAAAGCUACUACGAUAACUAUCAGAAUGGUGGGGGCUACUACGGCGGGAACGACCUCCCCUAUCGACAGAGAGUACCAAGAACUCAGACUGAGCCGCACCUAAACGGCUAUGGAAGGGGAGAGCAAAAUAUCUACCCACUUCCCAACAAAGAUCGUUCCUAUGAAACCGUUACAUCGGCGGCUGGAAGUAGAAGCUCGGCGGAACAAGCAGGAUAUCACACAGAUCCGACAAGCAGUGACAACAGCUCGAUUGAACGAGUCGCGCCGCCACCGAGACGGGAGCCUGUCAACGAUUAUGGCAUUGGUUUCAGCCAACCGCAAUCAUUUCAACCAGCCCCUUACAGGCCAGACAACGGUCCCUCCAACACUCAGCAACAAGCAUAUCAGCCCGUAAGCAGUGGUCCGCCGGAGGCUGACAAAACAAACGUACUCCGGAGACCAGUGGCUGCUCCACAGCAAAAGCAGCAAAGGCCUGAAAUGCCUGCCAAGAGGAAGAGUUGGUUUUCCCGCCGGUUCAGCAAGUCGUCUUGA